AUGUCCGAAUCCCGACCCGAAUCCCCUCUGCAAAUUCCCUUCAUUGACCCACGGCCAGAAAGGGACAUCCCGCUAGGAGAUACCCUCGAAGAGCAAGAGUCUGACAUAUACGUGGCACGUCAUAACUCAAUUGUCAAUGCCCUCGGUGCCCACAUCGACGGAGCAAUGGCUGAGGCUGGCUUUUCGCUUACUGCCCUGAGUAAAGGGCUGGCUUUCGAAGUGGCGUUGUGCAACGCAAUCAGCGGCGAUUUUGCCAUCCGAGGUCGCGCCCCCCUGAUCCCUGAAUGGCGAAAGACAAUCCAGCACGAGGCCAGUACCCCUGACGGCGACGCAUUCUCUCUUAUUGUGAAAGAGGCUCGAGCAGAUGGUCGUCUGCUAGGGUCUAAUGGGGCCGACCUGAACGUCGAUGACGGCGCGGUGAGAGAGGAAUGCGAGGUGCAUAUCCGGCGCUGCGGGGAGCGGCUUAACACCGCUGGUGAAUGGUGGAAAGAUGCCGCGAGCAUGAGCAUCCUCGAUGGCGCGAUCGCUCGAGCCGACGAGGCCGCUCAGCUGUACUUCAGUUCGCCGGUGAGUGCAUGCUACGGCGGCGGCGCUUCUGAGAAUACAGGCAGUUGA